AUGAACAAAAUCAACAGAAAUCAAGAGAUCAGAAAUAACAAAAUGGGAACAAAUUUAAAAUCAAAUCAAGAUUUUCAUAAUUCUAUAGAUUUUACAUCAAACAUAUCAUCAACAUCAUCGCUAUCACCUAAUAACAACAUGUCAAAAUCUCGUCCUGAAGAAUAUGAAUUAAUUGAAAAGAAUAUCAUCACGUCCCAAGGCGUCGAAGAACUCUUUGAUAAAGUUUUAAAAUUAGUACAACCUCAACAAAGGAAAUUAUCAAUGUCAAUGUCAAUGUCAUUAUCACCAUCAUUAUCAGCUUCUAUAGCCAGAAACAAACCAUUUUUACAAAAGUCAUCAUUAUCAUCGCCCUCUUCUUUAUUAUCAGCACCAACAGAAAUCGACUUUCAAUGUUAUGGUCUUUUUGCUCAAUCAAAUAUAUCAUUAGGGAAUUUCAUUGCAGAGUAUAAAGGUGAAGUUUGUUUAAAAUCAGACUACAAAGAUAAUCCUACAAAUGGAUACAAAGAUCUUGGCACCACGAAGCCAUAUGUUUUAUUUUAUCCAACAUUAGAUUUGUGUGUAGAUGCUCGUCGUUAUGGAACAUAUGCAAGGUUUGUUAGACGUUCAUGUAAUCCUAAUGCUGAAACACGAACAAUGUAUAUUAAUGAUGGUAUAGUUAAAGAUCGCCAAUUACAUUUGGGUAUAUUUGCCAAAUGUGAUAUAAUGCAAAAUCAAGAAAUAACAGUUGGUUGGAACUGGGAUAAUCAACAUGUUGCUCAUAUUUUUAUAAGGAAAGAUGGCGGUGGUGAUGUUGGUGGUAAAGGAAGAGACAACGAUGAUUUAGAUCAAGUCAUUGAUUUAAAUAAAAGGAUUCAAAUGGGUACCGUCGUUUACAAUUUGUUAAAGUUUACAGAAUGUGCCUGUGAAGAUAAAAAUAAUUGUGUUAUUGAGAAAAUGAAGAAUUACGCAAAGAAACCAAAAGAUGAUUUGACUAAAAAUAAAGAAGGUUAUUAUUUUGACCCGCAACAAAGCAAUAAUCCAUAUAAUAAGAGAAAAAUACAAGUUUCAUCUUAUGCAGAUAACAAUAAAAACAAUGAUGACAACGAUCAAGACGAAGAGAUAGAAAUAGAAGAAGGCAGUAAAGAAUCAGAGGUCGUUAAAUCGAUGGAGUUAGAUUAUGUUGACAGAAAUGAAUAUAAUAAUAGAUCAGAGAUGAAAGGAAUUAACAUAGACGAUGAUAAAAAAUCAAAAGGACUUGAUAAUAGUAGUAGUCAUAAUAAUUACAACAAGAUUAUUGAUUUAGAACAUGAUACCGGAGCAAUGCAUUCACAAAGUUCUACUAUUGUUACAACUACUACACCUACAACUGCGAUUAAUAGUGGUAGGAAAUCAAGAUAUGUUUCAUUUAGUAGUCAGUUUCCUUAUUCCACAAAUCCAAAUCAAUCUAAGCCUAAUGCAGACGCUAAAAGUGAGAUUAGUAGUUUAAUUGAUAAAAAUGAAGAGUAUUCAAGUAAAUUAGAUUUUAAACCAUCAUCGAAAAGACGUAAACUAAGUCCCACUAGAGAACCAGUUUUAUUUCCUUCUAAUUUAUCUUCUAUCGAAAAUAAGUAUAUGGAAAUUGUAAAAGAUCAUCAACCACAGCAAUCAAAUAUAAGCAAAACAUCAUCAUCACCUUCAACUUUAUCAACUAAUAUUGAUAUACGUAAUCAAUCAACAACAUCAUCACCUGCAUCUUACACAAACAAUAAUGAUGACGAUGAUGAUAAAUUAAAUUUAAAAAAUACACAAUUAGACUCUUUUAAACACACACAAAUCAAUUUAUCGAAACCAUCACCAAAAACAACUUCAUCGUCAUUACAUCUUGAUACAACUACAAAAAUAUCUAACAUAUUAUCAUCAUCUAAAUCGCCAAUAUUAACUUCACCAACUGUAACAACUUCAAUACCUGAAAUAUCAAAAAAUACUUCAUCAACAUUAUCACCAUCCUUUGCCGUCAACAAUAACGACGGCACCAUCGUCAUCAUCACAACUUUAUCAACUAAUAUUGAUAUACGUAAUCAAUCAACAACAUCAUCACCUGCAUCUUACACAAACAAUAAUGAUGACGAUGAUGAUAAAUUAAAUUUAAAAAAUACACAAUUAGACUCUUUUAAACACACACAAAUCAAUUUAUCGAAACCAUCACCAAAAACAACUUCAUCGUCAUUACAUCUUGAUACAACUACAAAAAUAUCUAACAUAUUAUCAUCAUCUAAAUCGCCAAUAUUAACUUCACCAACUGUAACAACUUCAAUACCUGAAAUAUCAAAAAAUACUUCAUCAACAUUAUCACCAUCGUCACAAUAUCACACAAAUAAAACUUUCAAUCCAACAAUAAAAGCUUUGCCGUCAACAAUAACGACGGCACCAUCGUCAUCAUCAUGUCGUCAUUUAGAAACAUUAAAAACAACUAACACCUCGCAUUUAAAUAUUUACCCCAAUAAAUCUCCAUCAAUAAAUACCAACAUUUCUAAAAAUUUACAAUCUGACUUUACAAAAUCACAAGAAACAACUACGAAACCAAACAUUACCAUCAACGCCACCACAAAUAAUAAUAUCACAUCUUCUACAGCCAAAACUCAAUCAACUGAAUCCAAGAAAAAAACACUUUCACUUUCAGAAUAUAAACAAAUGAAAGUUCUAACCGGUUCUUCGUUGACUUCGAAAACUGAAGAAUCAAAGAAACCAUUAAUAGAAUCUCAAUCAAACAAUACACCCUCACCAGAUAGUCAAAUAGUUGCAAUGACAAAUGAUGGUUAUUUCCCGGUAGAUUUCAAUAUCGAUCUUCCGAUCACUUCUUCGCAUAUUUCUAAAUCAAAAGACUACUUGCCAACGUCAUAUGAAUAUCACACAUCAAAAGAUAUUGAUUCUAUAAACCAAACUGAAUAUAGGAGAUCUUCUUCCUCCUCUUCUUCAAAACCACCACUAAUAUCUCCACGCGGAAUACCACCACCACGUAGUUAUCAUAAUGGAGGUGGUGGCAGCGGUAGUGGUAGCAGUCAUUACAGAGUUGGAAAGUCAUCAUCAGGUGGCCAUUUUAGAGGUAUGCCUACAUCACCAGGUGAAAGAGGUGGAGGAGGAAGAUAUCAUGGAGGUCUGGGUAAUUUUAAUUCACCAGAUUCGUCACCUGUCACACAAAGACAAAAUCCAGAUGGACAACCAAUACUGUCAUCAACAACUAAUAAUGAUCGGGAUCAAAUUCAAUCAAUUGAUAACAGUGAUUAUAUGAGAUCUAUUGAUGUUAGAGAUAGAGGAUGGGGUACGCAUGAUCGUACUAGAGAAUGGAGAGAACGUGAGAGAGAACGUGAAGAAUGUGGCAAAAGAAAUGAAGAUUAUCGACUUCAAAGGUUCCCUGGUGAUGAUUAUCGUAGAAAUAGAAGAUAG